AAUCUAUUUAAGAUCUCUCAAUACAAUACACAUUCUCAAUCUUCUAUCAACUCUUCAAUCUACCAGCCCCAUCGCCAUCAUGCACUUCACCACCAUCCUCACCACCGCGGUCGCAACCCUCUCAUCUACCGCAACAGCAGCUCCCAAGACCAAAAGCUUCGCAACAGCCAGUGUCUACGCUUUCAACCGAGACCAGAACACUCACAAGUUCUUCGACGUUCCUUUCGGCAAGCUCACGCAUAUCGACUACCAAAUCACCGAUCUUGAGCUCCGCGGCGUUCAGUUCCUUCUCCCCGACGGCGAGAAGAUCGAUCCCGGCAAGGUGACUUGUCAGAUGUACAAGGACAACCUUGGCACCCAGCCUGGGAGCGCUGCUUUUACGAAGAAGACGCCUGCUCAUAUUAGCCUGUUCAAUCCUGUUCAGUUUGGAUGGGUCUUGUGCUAUGUCAACGUCGGCAGCGGCUAAGAGACUGGAAGCAUUCGAGAGGAGUCAAGGACUUUAGCUGGGGAUAUAUACGGUGCUUUGGAUGUUGGUAAAACAUACUUGUAGGAGG